AUUAUGUUGAGAAAUUUAUUCUAUUUUAAUGUCUAACAGUAUUGCCGAGUGUUAGUCAAACUCAAAACGGUCAACUUGUACUGCACAUAUCUUUCUGCUGUUGUUGUUGUUGUUACUGUUUUUUUUUUGUUAAUGUGUACAGUGUAUAGUAAUGUGCUUUCUACAGUAUAAACUAAUAUUGACCAGCUAUACUCUUCAUAUUCAUAUAGUACUGAUCACAUGUUUAAUGCAUAUAAGUGUCAGUCGAAUGCAAUUUCAACAGCCUUACAACAUUAUGAAUGAUUUAAAAGAUAACAGUGGGGAUACAUCGUCGAGUUAUCCAAGAUCAUUGAAAAAUGUUAAUAUAUCAUCGUAUUUAUGGCAGAUAUUUCAAAGUCGAAAUCAACAUUUUCGUCAAAUGCAUAAACCAGUCUUAUAUUAUUCACCAAAUAAUGAUGAUAAUAAUAAUGCAACUUGGAGAGCACUCAAUAAUUCCGAUAUCUUCAAUCAUAAUAAUCAUAAUAAUAAUAAUAAACAUUUACAGAGUUAUAAUACUCUUCAAACACCUGAAAAUGUGAAUACUUUUAGAAGAAUGCGAGGUGAUCAUCAACAAUCAAGAUAUGCAUCGUCAUUGAAUUUAAGAAGUUAUAAAGAAAUGCUUCACAGGAUUCAAUUAUCCGCGCUGAUGAAUCAAAUACCGCCGAUUCCAAAUGAACGUCCAUUUCAUGAAGAGGUUUUAUUGAAUCAUAAUGAAAUGAUGCGUUUACUAGGCAGACAUAAUUUCGAUAGUGAAUUUAUGUCAUUUAACAAACCAUGGGAAGCUAUAAUUUAUCCAUCCGGUAGACUGGUAACUUCAGAUCUUGUAAAGGAAAACGCUGACAAGAGAUUUGAGACAAUGGUGAAUCGUCGAAGAAAUAGACGAUCAAGAAAAUUACCAUCACACAGACGUUAUUUUACUUCAGAUAUCUAUAAUGAUCAUCUAUAUGAUGAAAGAAGGGGAGUAGGAGAAAGUAAACAAGAGAUGUCUUCAAAUUCUCUCUUUCAAAAUGCUAUGCAUCGUUUAAAAUUGAUUCAAAGUCUGAAAGAAGAAGAGAAAGAGGAAAAAAAUGAAUUUCAUGAAAGACUGAUGUAUGUCGAUUCAGAACACCUACAACGGAGUAGUAAACAAUUAAAGCGAAACAAGAAACUACGACGUAUACUUCGAGAAUUUUUAAAUGAUUUCAUUAGUUGUCCACUAUACUAUAUAUGGUAUGAUUGGGGACCGAAAUUUUGGCCACGUUGGAUUAAAGCUGGAAAAUGCGUCAAUAUAGCCGAUAUAUCCUGUUCAUUUCCACCUGGAAUGUAUUGUCAGGAGAAAAGUGCUAAGGAUAUAGUACUAUUGCGUUAUAUUUGUCCAGAAAGUUGGCCAAUUUCUAGUUGUAAUUGGUAUCGGAUACACUUACCGAUUGUAAUGGAAUGCAGUUGUGGAUGUACAGAUAGGACAGAAAGUAAACCAAACUCUUAACAAAG